CUCCCAAAGUGGUUCGUUCCGUUGCCUUAGCGGCUCCUACAACAACGGGCGCGGGACGCGGCUUGGAGAGCCGAAUUCUAUUAAAAGAAUUGCCAGUAUGGAAGAUAUUGAGUUCUUUGAUAUUUGUGAAAAGGAACAGACAGCUGCUACACCAUUUUUGGAACAAGAAAAAGAUGACGACGACAGUGUAACAGAUCAGUUCUGGAAUGUGGCGAACCAGCCAAACGGUAAAGGACACAAGAUUGGAGAAAAGUCAGAGGAGGAGAAUAAAAUCAGAAGCAAGGAUGCUUCUGAAGGAGUUGGAGAGGACUCUGAUUCUAGCGGGGAAAUACAGGAGCGCCACAUGAACAAUGGUAAUAACAAUAAUAAUAAGACCAUGAAGUAUGCAGACAGAGUUCAGAUAUUAAACCUGCGCAGAAAUCUCAACCAGCUUGACAACAUAGCCAAAGAAAAGGAUCUUACCAUUGAAAAAGCAAGAGAGGAGCUCAGUGCCUGCCAGCUGCGGAUCGAAAUGCUAACAAAAGAACGAGAGUGCACAGAGACCAAAAUAGAAGAAGAGAAAGAGGCUGGAAAUACUGCUGCCAUAUUCCGCCUACAGGCAAUGCACAGACGACUGUGUGCUGAACUGGGGAACGAAAAGGACCUUGAGUCGAAAAUUGCUUUGAUGCUGAAAGAAAAUGUGUAUGAGAUGUGGCAGAUCGAAAUUGAGCAGGGGAAAUUUGGAAGCCUCCGGGAGCGACUUGAGCAGGAUGAGGAGGAACUAGAGAGACAGUGCAAAGAGCGGGCAGAACAGAGGAUUCAGAAAGAAAAGACGGCAGCCCAGCUGGCAGAACAAAAACAACAGGUUGGAAAAAAAAAAGAAAUGGAAGCCUGGGAGGCGUAUGAGAGAAGACAUCAAAAAGUAGUCGAAGAUGCACACAGGAAUCAUGAGAAAGCGGUCCAGUUUUUGAAAAAAUCUAUGUCAAGAAUUCGUCAGAAAGAAGCAAAGGAAGAACUGAAAACUCAGGAACAUAUGGAAAAAAGGAUGCAAGCUGUGCUGUCCCUGAAAAAUAACAUAACUUCCAAUAGGGAAACCCUUCGAACCCUCCAGGUGAGGGACAAAGCAAAGGCUCUUGAGGCAAAAAAGCAAGAGAUGAAGAUGAGAGGGGCUAUUCUGGCAGAAGGAGGCAACGUCACCAAGGAGAUUUUUCUCCAUAAACAGCGUGUUGAGUUAGAAAGGCAGAAGCAAGAAUUUACAGAACAGCAGAAAUCUAGAAAAAUUGAGAUUGUAGCUCGGAUUUUGCAAGAGGAAGCAUGUGUAGAGAAGCAGAAAAAACAUCAAGCUCGGGCAGAGGCACUUAGGAGUCAGGGUAAACUUCCUGAUUCCUUAAAGUGGAGAAUCAAAACAUGGCAGUAUAUUGAGAAUGCCUGUGAAGAUCCAGCUAGAGCAGUACUGCAGAAGUCUUGGUGCACUCCAUCAGCUUGUUCCUUAGUUGAUGACAAAUCUAGUUCUGUGGUGGAUUUUUCUGAAAAAGCAUUGCAAGAUACGAUCCGUGAAAAUGAUGAUGAAGAGGCGAAUGAGACUCUAGUUGAGCCAGAGUUUACAGGACUUUGGAGUCAAGAAUGUAACUUAUACAAGAUGCCAAAAGAUGAAACGGAUCCAAAGCCACUAGGUGCAAGUAAAAUGGAAAGAAAGAUUUUCACUGAAAACUUGGAGAAACUUCGAAGUGGAAUUAUUCACAAACAAGUUGUGUCCGGUCAUGAAUUUAAGGGGUGUCCUUUUUAUAGCAAACCAAGUCUUAUUCACUUCAAGGAUUUUGAUGUUGGUAAAACCUACAAAAAGAAGAUAAUUUUGAUAAAUGCAUCCUACAGUGUUAACUUCUGCAAGCUGGUGGGAGUCAGUGAGCAUCUCAAGGAUUUCAUCAAUAUUCAGAACUUGAUUAGCAGAGGUAUUACAGGUCAUGAUGCUCAACAGACAUGUAGAUAUUGGGAGAAGCUGUGUCCUAGUAGCUUUGAUCCACCUGGCCAGAUGUCUGCUGGAAUGUCAUGUGAAGUGGUGGUAACAUUUAAACCAAUGAUAAAUGAAGUUCUUGAAGGAAAAGUCACAUUUUUGGCUCAGAAUGGUUCCUUUUCCAUUCCAUUGCAAUGUACAAUCAAGAGAUGUGUUCUGGCACUAGAUAAAGAGCUCAUUGACUUUGGCACUCAUGUGGUAGGGGAGACAAUUUCACGGACAAUCAUCCUAACAAACCGUGGCGCUUUGGGAACAAGAUUUAAACUCCAGACAUCAGCGGGUGACAAUGGCACGUGCACAACAGCGAAAUCUUCCCUCGAAAGAAUGGUUAGUCCAGCUUUGGAUGGCAUCACCUCUGAAGAGAAAGCCAGCAGCAGUCCUGUGGAAUCAUCUCUGUAUGAAAACAAGGAACAAGUUUCUCCUGUCAAAACUGAAGAAGUUAGGCAGACUUACAUGUUGGGUGAGAGCCAGAAGACUGAAAACAACCUGGGCAGCAGCCAUGUAGAGCAACUUAGUCAAGAUGCAUUAAUCACCAAGGCAGAUCUAGAGGCAGAAAAUGCACAAAGCCCAGUGGAACCACCGCCUGAAGAAGAACCCAUUGAAAUUACACUGGGCAAGGUUACAGAAGGUGAAAUCGGACCCUUCAGCUCAAUUAAACUUCAGGUUAUUUUUACCCCCUCCGUCCCUGGGGAUGUACAUGCAGAAUUUGAGAUUGCAUUUGACAACCCAAACUGCAAACCACUACACUUUUCUGUCAUUGGAGUCUCUGUUGAUGUUCCUGUUUGGGUGCCCAAUCCGAAUGUCGAUCUAAAGAUCUGUAUGUACGACCGGCUGUAUCAAGACUGUAUCAUUAUUCGAAGCAGAGCAAAAGCCGCUCUACGCUUGAAGUUUGAAGUAUGCAAAGAACUGAGUAACCACAUGGAGCUUCUUCCGAAAACAGGUUACAUUCAAGCCCAGUCAUCCUUCAGUGUCCAGCUAAAGUUCCUGCCCAGGCACUCUCUCCCAGAAGAUGCAGGAAAAUAUUUUGACACAGAAACCAGGGUUCUGGAAGUUCCAAUGACAAUAAUGAUUGCUGAUAAGACUAAGCCAAUUGAAUUUAUUGUCCAUGCAAUUGUUACUACCUCUGAUUUGGAAAUCAGUCCAGCUGAAGUGAAUUUUGGUUACUGCACUAUCUAUGAAGCUGUUCAGACAACCAUAACUCUAACAAACAAAUCCAUCCUGCCACAAGAGUUUGGAUUUGUUGGACUCCCUGAGUUUGUAGACAUUCAACCGAGUGAUGGAUUUGGAACUCUCCUCCCCCUGGAAAGCCUGAACCUGGACAUAAUCUUCAAAGCCAACAAGGCAAAGGAAUACAGUUUUGAGCUGACCUGCAAGUCAGAGAUUAAUAGACAAUUCAAGCUGUCAUGCAAAGCAGUUGGAGUCCACCCACCUCUUGAGUUGUCUCAUUCCUUAGUCAAGUUUGCAGCAACAGCUUUAAAUGAUGUAUCUACAGCAACACUGUAUGUGAUAAAUGCACAUGUGAGCCUCAACCGCUUUACUCAUGCUGUCCCAAGGAUCGGCAAAGGGGAAAUUGCCCCUGUUGGACCCACUUCCUUUGAAUUCCUUGUGCCAGAAGAUUCUCCUGUGACAAUUAUGCCUUCUGUUGGGACCGUUUUACCAGGGAAGAAAUGCUUGAUACAAGUGUACUUCAGACCAGUGUUGUCAGAGCAGCUAAUCAGAGAAGAGGCAGUUCAGAUGCUGUGCAGGGAAGAUGCACAAAGGACGAUGUUGAAGAAGAUUCAUGAAUCAGAAAUGCAAAAGAGAAAAGACGAAACUGUGGCAGGAAAGAAGGAUGGAAAGAAACCAAGUUUUGCCGCUUUCAGACAGCCUUUGAGGGUCAGAAGCAGUAAACAUGCAGCUGCUAGCAGUGGCUUUGAGCCACCGAAACCAGAAGAAAUAAAAACCAACUCUGAAGAAUACAUUGCAGCUCAGUAUUCCCUGAUUAGGAAUUUCACAGGAAAGUUUGAGAGAUACAUCAUACCUUGCUUUGUUGCAAGUGGAGAUAUUGAUGAAAAGAUAGGAUCUGAAAAUCUAAAGUACAGUCCUUAUAACACCUUGUACCUAGAGUUGCACUGUCCUGCUGUAGCACCAUCUGUUGUGGUCACUUCAAAUAAUGGAAAAAACAUCGUCAACUUUGGGGAGGUCGCAGUAGGCCACAGAAUAAUCAAACGGAUUACAAUACAGAACAUCUCCCAGGAGCAGCUAGCACUAGGAUUCUCCAUCCUCAACCCCAAUGGGCCCUUCCUAUUGGUCAGUCCAGUUGGCACUCUUGAGCCAGGGGAAAACCAGUUUCUCUUCAUCUCUUUUUGUCCAAAUGAGAGUAAAUUGUUCUUUGAAACUCUGGAUAUCAGGAGCAUAAAAGCCACCCUGACCCUCAGUAUUAUUGGCCAUGGGGUGGCUCCGUCAAUUGCUUGUUCUGUGGAAGGAGAAGUGCUCGAUAUGGGAUAUGUCAUAGCCAAAGAGAAGGUCACUUCCACAUUCAAGAUACAGAACACUUCCACUCUGCCCCUGAGAUACUCCAUCAAACUAGAAUCACUCUCACAAACCAGGGACAAAGAGCAGCAGAGACUUCCCUUCUUCAUCACGUCUCCCCCAGGACGGACAGAUUUUGUUGGUACACAGAACUACAGUGGUUUAAGUGUGUUCAACAUAUUUCCAGUAGAGGGCGUAAUUGAGCCUGGGAAGAGUCAGGAUUUCACUGUUACCUUCAGUCCAGACCAUGAAAGUUUGUAUUAUUCUGACUGCCUCAAGGUUGUGCUCUUUGGCAAGGAAAUAGCUCGUGAGAUCUGGCUGAAGGGUGCUGCAAGAAACCAUAUGAUGUUUGUGGAAGGAGGGGAUCCAUUGGAUGUUCCCUUGGAGUCUUUGGCUAUAACAUCACCCAUGUCUGAAGAAGCAGCAAAAGGAGAGCUGGAAGAACCAGCAAAGUCCCUCCUCCUGAGCCUGGAGUACAUCCAGGCAGAGACCUCUGGGACUCCGGCAGUGAGGGAGCUGAAAAUCGGGGCUAUACGGACAGCUCAGUUUGCAUCGAAGAAGAACGUCGAGUUCAGUUUGGAUAGCCUACCAGUCCUGCAGCAGAAGGGAUUUACCAUUGAGCCUGUUAAAGGAACAGUUGAUCGUGGUCAAAUCAAAUGCAUCAGUGUUUCUUGGGUGCCACCUGCUGACUUUGAUCCGGAUCACCCUUUGAUGGUGGCAGCUGUACUCACCUUAAAAGGAGACAUUAAAGAAUCUUACAAAGUCCUCUUCAUAGCCAGAGUUGUGUGCACAUGAACUCCCACCAAGUGAAGAAUCCAAGCUAAACCUUGCGAAGAAUCACUGAGGAUUGCUCAGGCUGGUAACUCAUUAUUAGAUCUCAGAAUGUAAGGAGCUUGAGCAAGAGACUUCAGAGAUCAUUUUAGUUUGUACAUGCAAAGAUGUGAUUGCUGCAGAAACAUUUCUGCUUUUGUAUGAACUCUAAGAAUGAUGGCUUUCAAGCUGAAUUUCUUCAAAGAACUGCUUUGUAGAGUGUGUAGAAGAGACCUUGUGAACACAGAAAAGAUGGCUGAUAGUGUAUUAUCCUAGUUAUGGGCCAAAUCCGGAGAGAUACCAUGCAUCUACAACUGCCCGGAACUCCAGUGUCAGCUCAGACCCAGACUUUUAAAGACAUAAGGCAUUGCUGUGCUCAGCAUUGCAGUGCCUAACUGAUUAGGAGCCUAAACUCAUUUUCAAAAGGAAUUUAGGCACUUAAAAGUCUAAAUCCCAUCCAUUGUUAAUGCAAUUUUGGCUCCGACAUACUUAAAUCCCUUUGGGAAAUGAGACUUAGGCAUUGCAACGAUGAAUGUAGCAACCCCUAAAUACUUUUAUAAAGCUGGGCCUUCAUGUGGGGGUGUUUUCCUGUCAGUGUGUGUACGUUUGUAAACAUAUUUUUCCAGCUGAUCCUAUGUUUUUGGUAAUAGUUUUAAUAAAUAUACAAAACAAGCAAUGAA